AUAGAAAUUCAGCCGUAGCAUCAGUCUCAAGGUAGACAGCAUUAUCCAGGAUCCAUUCUCCAGGAUCCCUCUCUCCCUCUUUCUCUCACUGAAGAGAACAUAAUCCAGAGCAGCCAUGUCUUCCAGUUUCUCUUUGCGGAGCUUCUCUGUGGGCCGCCAACCCUCCUUCUCUAGUCUAUCUCUGAGAGACAGUGGCCGUGCCCACUCCAGAGCCGCUGUGUCCUUUGCCUCCGCCAGCCCCCUGACCCGCUCUGCAUCCGUCAGCCGCGACAUGAGCGGCCAGCCCGUCACCUUGAACCUCAAUGGGCAGCUGGGUAACCAUACCAACGAGAAAGAGGCAAUGCAAGGCCUCAACAACCGCUUGGCCACUUACCUGGACAAGGUGCGCUCACUGGAGAAGUCCAAUUCAGAUCUGGAGCUGCGGAUCAAGCAGAUAAUGAUUGAGCGCAUCCCUGAAGGUCACGACUUCAAAACCAUGAUGGCCCAGGCCCACCAGGUGGAACAGGAGGUGAGGAGGAAGACACUGGAGAACGCUCGUCUCAUGCUGGAGAUUGACAAUGCUAAACUUGCAGCUGACGACUUCCGGAUUAAGUGGGAGACAGAGAUGUGCAUGUCCCAGUCUGUGGAGAGGGACUGCUUGGCCCUGAAGAAGGCCAAGGUGGACCAUGAGCAGAUCAUCAUGUCCCACAGAGGAGACCUGGACAGCCUGAAGGAAGAUCUCUACUUUCUGAAGAAGAACCAUGAGGAGGAGGUGGAGUCUAUGAAGGGCCACGUCGCUGCUCAGACUGUUAACGUGGAGGUGGACUCGGGCCGUGGAGGACCUGACCUGGGGACAGUUAUGUCAGAGCUCAGGACUCGGUACGAGGGCAUCGUCAAGAAGAACAAGGACCAGGCUGAGCUGUGGUACCUCAAGAAGCUGGACACGGUGCAGAACGAGGUGAAGGAGUCUAACGAGGCUCUGAGGGGAGCUCAGAGUGAGCUGGUAGAGAGACGACGCUUCCUACAGACCCUGGAGGUAGAGCUGGAGAGUCUGUACAAACAGGUGGCAGCUCUGGAGGGUAACCUCAGCGAGACAGGUCAGAAGUACAGCCUGGAGAUGGAGCGCCUGCAGGCCACGCUGUCCCAGCUGGAGGAGGACCUGUCUCAGCUGCGUCUGGACAUGCAGCGCAACAAGACAGACUACGAACAGCUGCUCCGCAUCAAGCAGAACCUGGAGAUGGAGAUUGCAACCUACAGAAGACUACUGGAGGGAGAGGAGAUGAUUAAAGAAGUUCCCCCACCAAAAAAAGAGCCAGAGGUGUGGACCAGGAAGAUAGUGAAGGUGGUGACACAGACCAUGAUCAACGGCAAGGUGGUGGAUGAAUCCAGCGAGGUGGAGCAGAUAGAGGAUGAAGUGAAGAAGAAGUGAGAUGGGCAUAAUCGUCUUCAUCCUCCUCAUCACUCCUAACACCUGCCACGCCUCCGCCAGACACAAGGGGCCAGCCAACCCAUUGGCUCCCACUAACACGGACGUCUGUUUAAUUCCCAUCAGAGUCUUAGUCUUCUCUGUUUCUCUCUGGAGUAUUCUGCAUUACCUCCUUCACAUGUCUGGAGAUAAUGAGAUGUACUGUAGGUGAAUGGGAUGUCUGCUACGGCAUCCAUUUUAAGAAGUCCCUCAGAUGUCAAAUGAAGCUCUCUCAGUUGUGUCCCCUCCUCUAUCAUGGUUGUUGUUGAAUAAAAGGUUUUGCUUUGCGUAUGAAACUAUGUAUUUCUCGAUUUAGGGAACAAAAUAUCCAUACGGUAGAUCUCUUUUAUUUGAAUUGCAUUUCCUCUGUUUUGUUUUCCGACAUGCGUCUGUUUGUAUUCUAUAAACUUCUGUAAGGACUGAAAUAAAGGUUAGUCAUCAUUUCCUCUGUUUUGUUGUCCGACAUGCGUCUGUUUGUAUUCUAUAAACUUCUGUAAGGACUGAAAUAAAGGUUAGUCAUCAUUUCCUCUGUUUUGUUGUCCGACAUGCGUCUGUUUGUAUUCUAUAAACUUCUGUAAGGACUGAAAUAAAGGUUAGUCAUCAUUUCCUCUGUUUUGUUGUCCGACAUGCAUCUGUUUGUAUUCUAUAAACUUCUGUAAGGACUGAAAUAAAGGUUAGUCAUCAUUUCCUCUGUUUUGUUGUCCGACAUGCGUCUGUUUGUAUUCUAUAAACUUCUGUAAGGACUGAAAUAAAGGUUAGUCAUCAUUUCCUCUGUUUUGUUGUCCGACAUGCGUCUGUUUGUAUUCUAUAAACUUCUGUAAGGACUGAAAUAAAGGUUAGUCAUCAUUUCCUCUGUUUUGUUGUCCGACAUGCGUCUGUUUGUAUUCUAUAAACUUCUGUAAGGACUGAAAUAAAGGUUAGUCAUCAUUUCCUCUGUUUUGUUGUCCGACAUGCGUCUGUUUGUAUUCUAUAAACUUCUGUAAGGACUGAAAUAAAGGUUAGUCAUCAUUUCCUCUGUUUUGUUGUCCGACAUGCGUCUGUUUGUAUUCUAUAAACUUCUGUAAGGACUGAAAUAAAGGUUAGUCAUCAUUUCCUCUGUUUUGUUGUCCGACAUGCGUCUGUUUGUAUUCUAUAAACUUCUGUAAGGACUGAAAUAAAGGUUAGUCAUCAUUUCCUCUG